AUGACAAUUGGAUUUCGAACUUUUAGUAAGCUAGUUGUGCCUACAGUCGGUAACUUAUUUACAUUAUCCAGAGCCCAGCUUACAACAAUAAAAAUGGCAUCUGAAAAUCCUGAUUACAAAACGGCCACCAGUAUUCAUGAAUUUGUUGUAAAAAAUAUCAAAGGUGAAGAGGUAAAAUUGGAUAUAUACAAGGGUCAUGUUUGUAUUAUAGUAAAUGUUGCAUCUCAGUGUGGAUUAACAGCCAACAAUUACAAGCAACUCAACGAACUCUAUGACCAGUAUGCAGAAAGUAAAGGGUUACGUAUUUUGGCAUUCCCAUGCAACCAAUUCGCUGGCCAGGAACCUGGAGAUUCUGAACAAAUUGCUUGCUUCAUGGCAGAUAAAAAAGUAAAAUUUGAUAUGUUUGAAAAAAUUGAUGUCAAUGGAGAUGGAGCUCAUCCACUAUGGAAGUUUUUAAAGCACAAACAAGGUGGUAUGCUGGGUAAUUUUAUAAAAUGGAACUUCACCAAAUUCAUUGUUGACAAGAAUGGAAUACCAGUUGAAAGACAUGGGCCCAAUGUUGAUCCUUUAGACUUGGUAAAGUCCCUUGAGAAAUAUUGGUAA